AUGAAACACACUCAUAUAAUACACACAUAUAUAACAUAGAUUCUAAUAAGCAAGUUCAAAUUCAUUAAAGGAAUCAAGGUGGUGAUUACUCAAGAACCACAAAUGGGUCUUGGGACUUUGCCAUUAACCUCUCCUUAUUAUUCCACUUUCACUUCAAAAUCAAAACUAGUACAUAAUAAUACCAAUAACUACAAUAGAACCAAAAAAUUCAUAGUUUCAGCCAAGCAAGAGAAGAAGGAAGAAGAUAAGAACAAGCAAUCUUUCUUUACAAGUGUAACUGAUGCUCUUGAUUUUGCUCAACCGAGAUCCGAACAAGAUGCUCAACUUAUAGCAGAUGCUAGAGAAGCCACAAAGUCCGGAGAAAAAAUGAGCAAAGAACAGUAUGGUGCUCUUAGAAGGAAAAUUGGUGGAACAUAUAAGGACUUUUUCAAAUCUUAUGUUGAAGUGGAUGGGGCUUAUGUGGAAGAGGGUUGGGUAGACAAAACAUGCAAAGUGUGCAAAAAGGACACUAAGGGUGAAGCAAGACAAGUGGAUAAGCUUGGAAGAUAUGUUCAUGUAGCAUGCGCAGAGAAGGCCAAAACUGGAAAUUUCUUUACGAGAUUGUUUUCACUAGGAUCAUGAUAUGGUAUUGAAUUGUAAUUUUUAGUGGAGAAUACAAGAUUGAAAUAUUAAAGUAUAGUUUUCCUCUUUGGCUUAAUGAAUUCCUUCAAUAUUAACCAUACAAGUUUUUAUUUA